AUGGUGGCCUCCUCGUCUUCGGCGACAGCGUCGUUGCUCGACCAGCUGUUUGCGCUUACGCCUCUCGCCGAUUCUUCGGCCUGGAUCAAAACCAUCACGGUGCUCGUUUUGCUUCCCUUGCUCGCGGUCGUUCUCAACGUAGCAUCGCAGCUUCUGCUUGCGACUCCCAAGAAUCAUCCUCCGGUGGUGUUUCACUUUGUGCCUGUGAUUGGAUCGGCGAUCUACUAUGGUAUCGACCCUUACAAGUUCUUUUUCGAAUGCCGCGAAAAGUAUGGCGAUGUGUUCACGUUUGUUCUGCUCGGACGCAAGAUCACGGUGGCGUUGGGACCCAAGGGAAGCAAUCUCGUCUUUAACGCCAAGCAUCAGCAGGUGACGGCAGAGGACGCGUAUACGCACCUCACCACGCCCGUGUUUGGCAAAGAGGUGGUAUACGAUGUGCCUAAUGCGGUGUUUAUGGAGCAGAAAAAGUUUGUCAAGGUGGGUCUGUCGAUCGAAAACUUUCGCGUCUACGUGCCGCAGAUCGUGGAUGAAGUGCGAGAGUACAUCAAGAGCGAUGCGCGUUUCAGCGCACUCAAGACGCGCAAGACGAUCACAGUCGAUAUUUUUCAAGCCAUGUCGGAACUCAUCAUCCUGACCGCAUCCAGAACGCUGCAGGGCAAGGAAGUCAGACAGGGUCUCGACAAGUCAUUUGCGCAACUGUAUCACGAUCUCGACUCGGGCUUCACUCCGAUCAACUUUGUGAUUCCCAACCUGCCGCUGCCGAGCAACUUUAAACGCGACAGGGCGCAGAAGAAAAUGUCGCAGUUCUACCAGGACAUUGUGGCGAAACGACGAGCUGCGGGUGCAUCCACGUCUGCCGACGACGCCAGUGGCGAAAACGAUAUGAUCGCAGCACUGAUCGAGCAAAAGUACAAGAACGGACGUGCACUCAGCGGCGUCGAGAUUGCACAUAUGAUGAUUGCACUCUUGAUGGCGGGUCAGCACACGAGCAGCGCCACGUCGUCGUGGGCGUUUCUGCGUCUGGCUAGUCGACCCGAAAUCAUCGAGGAGCUAUACGAGGAGCAGCUCAACGUGUACUCUGACGGACACGGUGGUUUGAGGGAACUCGACUACGAGACGCAAAAGACGUCGGUGCCUCUGCUGGAUGCUGUGGUCAAAGAGACGUUGCGACUGCACCCGCCUCUGCACAGCAUCAUGCGAUAUGUGAAAUCCGACCUUGCCGUUCCACCUACGCUCUCGUCGCCGACGUCGACUAAAUCCGAGCCGGAUGCCCACUAUGUGAUUCCCAAGGGCCACUACAUUAUGGCUGCACCUGGCGUGUCGCAAGUGGAUCCUCAGAUUUGGAAGUCAUCGGACCAGUUUGAUCCACACCGGUGGUUGGACGCUACGACCGCUGCGGCGAUGCAGGACUCGGGCGAGGACAAGCAAGACUUUGGCUUCGGAAUGAUCUCCACCGGUGCCAAUAGCCCAUACCUUCCCUUUGGCGCCGGAAGACAUCGGUGCAUCGGAGAGCAGUUCGCCUAUCUCCAGAUCGGCGUCAUCCUAGCCACCUUCGUCCGCAUCUUCAAAUGGCACCUCGACUCCAAAUUCCCCGAUCCCGACUACCAAAGCAUGGUCGUCCUUCCCAGCAAAAACGGUUGCGCCAUCGUCCUCACCCCCCGAGCCGAAUCCCUCCACCUCGACUAG